UCAAUACUACACACUUUAUACUGUUUAUACUUCAUCAGCCUCUACACAGCAGAUGGAUUUCGGAUUUAUGAGCUGGACCGUUGUGAGUUUAACUCGUCUGAUCUGAAGGACAUCGAGUUCAUCAGGUCUGAAUAUUUCAACAAGGUGGAGCUCGCCAGGUUCAGCAGCAGUUUGGGGAAGUUUGUUGGAUACACUGAGGACGGUCUGAAACACUCUAAUUACUGGAACAAAGAUAAUUCAUUACUGGCUGGGCUGAGAGCGCUGAAGGAGACUUACUGCAAACAGCACGUUGAUAAUGCCUACCAGGCUGCUCUGACUAAAUCAGCUGAGCCGUAUGUCAGACUGAGCUCUACGGAGCCCUCUGGUGGUAAACAUUCAGCCAUGUUGGUCUGCAGCGUCUACGACUUCUACCCCAAACACAUCAGAGUCAAGUGGACCAGAGACGGACAGGAAGUCACCUCUGAUGUCACUUCCACUGAUGAGCUGGCAGACGGUGAUUGGUACUACCAGAUCCACUCUCACCUGGAGUACACGCCCAGGUCUGGAGAGAAGAUCUCCUGUAUGGUGGAACACGCCAGCCUGAAAGAACCUCUGAUUACUCACUGGGACCCGUCCAUACCUGAGUCUGAGAGGAACAAGAUUGCCAUCGGAGCCUCAGGACUGAUCCUGGGUCUGGUCUUAUCUCUGGCUGGAUUCAUCUACUACAGGAGGAAGGCCCAAGGACAGAUUCUGGUUCCCACUAGCUGAUUCUGGACCUGGUUCUGGUCCUGUAGCUGUUUGUCAGAUGGAAUAAAAAGCAGCAGCUGCUUCAACCUGCUUCGUGUGUUUCAGCUCAGCAGACUGUCGGUCCUGGACCAUCUUCUGGACCGACUCAACUCCUGAUUCUCUGAUGAUCUGGACUCUGAUACACAGCUGGUCUGAACCUGAUCCAGGACUGUGGUGUUAGUCUGACGGUCCUGGACCAGGUCUGAACCUCAUCAGAAAACUCUCUGAAACACUGUGGAUUUAUUGACCAGAUAAUAAACUGGAAGUAUCUAUAAAGA